AAGAAGAAGAUGAACAUCUCACAAAAACAAGCAUGGCUGGGAAUGUGAGCGGCGCAGCGGCACCAAUAAGUUCUCUGUCUAAGCUUCAGUCUUUAAAUGGAUUGUUCGCCAUAUAUAAGAAACAAGGGCCGACAUCUGCUGAUGUGUUAAACAAGUUCAAAGAUACUUUGCUCAGAGAGGCGGGAGUGCAGUACCCAAACAGCAAAAAGAGGAAGAAGCAGCAUCUGAAGAUUGGCCACGGAGGGACCCUGGACAGCGCUGCCAGCGGAGUCUUGGUUGUCGGUAUUGGGAACGGGACAAAAAUGCUCAGCACGAUGUUGACAGGUUCAAAGAAAUACGUGGCUGUGGGAGAACUGGGAAAAGCAACAGAUACCCUUGAUGCCACUGGAACGGUGAUCAUGGAGAAAGUGUUUGAGCACAUAACCAGGCUGGACAUGGAGGAGAAGUUAAAAACUUUUACUGGGGACAUUAUGCAGGUUCCUCCACUCUUCUCCGCCCUGAAGAAAGACGGCCAGCGUCUGUCUGUGUUGUUGAAGAAAGGUCACCAGGUGGAGGCCAAACCUGCACGGCCCGUCACCGUGCACAGCCUAACACUGCAGGAGUUCAAACCUCCUCUCUUCACUCUCGAUAUUGAAUGCGGUGGAGGGUUUUAUGUCAGAAGCCUGGUGGACGACCUGGGGAAAGCUCUGUCGUCGUGUGCUCAUGUGAAGGAGCUGGUCAGGACGAAGCAGGGCCAGUUCACCCUGCAGGAUCACGCGUUGCACGAGGAGCAGUGGACGCUGCAGAACGUCGUUGGGGCGCUGCAGCCCUGCCCAGAGGAGGACCAGAGGACGGACUCUCCCAGAUCCCCACAGAACGCUACCUAACAUUUGGCAGCUGGCUAAAGGAAGAGCCGUUUGGUGCCAUCCUCUACCUGCUUUGUCCUCCAGAGAGAUCAGCUGUAAACAUGAGAUCGUUUGGUUUGUUUAGUGACUGGUGGCAGAAAACUGACUGGUGGUAAAACCAUCAUUGUUCUCCUGGAGGUCAGUGGACUACUCUGAACUGGACUGUCUUUGCUCUUUAUGGUUGGUUAAAUAUAAUUCUUUCUUUUGUUGAAGGUGCAGUUUAAAUUUUAUGAAGAAAUGUAAUAAAUUAUGUAAUGUGUAAAGUUUUUUUUUACAUAUUUGUUAAAGCUGUCACCAUGGAGUGACAGUUUGAGAUAAUCUGAAAAGAUGGAUCUCCACCUCCACACUGAGCUACUAUUGACCUACAGAAAUGCACCGUUCCUGACCAAAAACAACCAAUCAGCGCUAGGAGGCGGGUCUUGGCGCUAUCAAUGAAUAUAAUGCCCUUGCCACUGUGGCACAUGAAAUUGUGAUUGACAGCAGUAAGACCCUCCUGACUGAUUGGUUUUUGGGUUGUUGUUUUUUUGUCUCUCAUGUUGUCAUGACAUGGUGACAGCUUCUACAAAUAUUAGAAACUUGGAGCCUUAUGGACCAUUGUCCUCAUUGAACCUUUUCAUUUCACAACAUCAUUCAAAUUAAGUUUAUGUACUGUCUUGCUGUAAUAAAUGUCUCCAUAAGAGGUCCCUA